UACUACUACUCUUCACGGUGAGUAAUAUAUUCUGACCUCGAGCGUAUCACGGCUGUGCAGUGUGCGCACUGUGGUGUACUAUUUAUUCACUUGACUGGCGAUCCAUCGCCGCUUUCGCUACAGGAGCCUACUGCGGAGACUUGGCAGAGACCCAUGGGUAGUUGGGUUGGUGGUGGUGAGGCUGUGCUUGUGUGAUAUUGAAAUUCGAACCCUAGAAAGCUAUGCGGCUUAUGCCAGCGUUUGUAACUUGACAGUCGACACAUACUUUCUUUCCUACACCACUACUGUACUUCCCUUAUUUUUUCCCCCCUUUUCGCCUUGCUUCUGGAAAUCAUGGCACAUUUUAAUACAAACCAUCCGGCUGGAUCAAACUUGCAUAUGGAUCCAUUUGGGGAUGACGGUCGAGACAAGCCCUUUGGCGGUUUCGAUGGAAUAAUACAUGACGAUACAAUGACUUUCACAACGACAACCAGCGGCAUUCCUGCCCCAGACCCUUCGUCGUCAUUGCUCGACGCAGGUCACACUGAAGCGCAAUCCCUCAUCUUCAACUAUCGACGUACAAAGUCUCCUCCUCUGCCAGGCAUACCAAGCCGGCAACCUACACCGUCAUUGACCGAAAGAAAUGCGCCAAUUUUCGGCGACUUGAGCGUCCCAUAUAAGGACGAGGAAUCGCGUCCAUCGUCUGUCGUCGGCCAGUCAGAUGAAUACCUCAUGCAUGAUGCAGCGGAUAUGGGACGAUCAGACAGUUAUCAGGACUUGGAGCCAUCAGGCGAGAACUCAAAGCUUGUCGCAGACAGGGCAUAUCCGUUUCAGAAGGCUCUUGGGAUAAACACGGGCAAGUAUCCUAUGGAUCAGCGGAUAGAGGACAAGAAACGGGGUAUCGGGCGGCAAAAGUAUCCUUUUGUUGCAUGGGCACUAACAAUCGUCAUGAUUGGCGUUUUCAUCAACGAGCUAGUUGUGAACAGCAGAGCACAGGGUACCCCAGUAUCCUUCAAGCCAGUCGUAAACCCCAUGCUUGGGCCAUCGGAGAGUGCAUUGAUCAAUUUAGGUGCUCGUUUCCCGCCAUGCAUGAAAGUUGUUCAAGGGCUCCCUUUGACAACCCAAAUCGCAUGCCUCAACGAUACUGCAAAUCCGCCAGAUCGGCUUUGUUCGAUCGAGGAGGUGUGUGGCUUUGGUGGCUUCCACGGUGGUGAGCCCAAUCAGUGGUUCAGAUUUAUCACUGCCAUAUUCCUGCACGCGGGUUUCAUCCAUAUCAUCCUAAACAUGAUCGCGCAGUUGACAAUAUCCGCUCAAAUAGAGCGAGAGAUGGGUUCCGCUGGCUUUUUUAUAACAUAUUUCGCAGCCGGAAUUUUUGGUAACGUUUUGGGCGGUAACUUUUCACUGGUCGGGGCACCUUCGAUAGGCGCCAGUGGCGCCAUCUUUGGUACAGUUGCGGUUACAUGGGUGGAUCUUUUUGCUCACUGGAAAUAUCAGCACCGACCUGGUAGAAAGCUCGCUAUCAUGACAGUGGAGCUACUCUUUGGUAUCGCUCUUGGGUACAUACCUUAUGUGGAUAAUUUUGCUCACCUUGGAGGCUUGUGUAUGGGCCUUCUUGUUGGCACAACCCUGUACCCUGUCAUCAGUCCAACGAAACGUCAUAAGCUCAUCAUGUGGGGUUUUCGGCUGAUAGCCAUACCAUUGGCAGUUGUUCUCUUCGUCGUCUUGAUCCGGAACUUCUAUACUUCAGAUCCAUAUGCAGCGUGCACGGGCUGCAGGUACCUAUCAUGUAUACCCACUGCAUCUAACAAUCACUGCCAAGGUACAGGCUUCAACACUGAUACAACCACUGGCGGGUCAAGUAUUUAAAGACUCUUUCCAAUCUCACACUAGGACAUUAGCUUCGUACACUGCAUAAUUUCAUGUGUACCGAUGGACAAUAGGACUACACUGAUGAUUUGGCCCACUCCCCAGCUUGGGUGUCAAGUGGCACAUUCUAUCGUGUGUUUCCAUAUACAUAACGGGGAUUGAUUCUUUGCAACUGUUGGGUUGUUACAGUAACAAUGCAGAUCC